GGAACUCCUCGACAAUUUCCGGCUAUCUUCCGAACGCCUUGAAACUAGUCUCGGAUGUAUGACAGUAAAAAAUGUCGCCUACGCACAACAUAUGUGAUCAGGUCAAGAACCCGGAUGGACGGCGCCGCAUCACUAAUGUAUACCGCAAUCAAAACAAUAUAGUUCCCCCAAAACACGUGGAUCUAACAAAUAUGGCGUCAUUCGACGAAUGUAUUGAAUAUGCACUAUCUUCCUGCCCACUUUUUAAAGAUCAAGACUUCAAACUACGUGAAAAACAACUGGAAACACUGAGGAUAUUGUCAAGGAGUUCUGAAUGUCCUGUCAGGGCGCCGCCAUGUUUAUUAUUGUUUACAUCCGGGUAUCUAGAGUAGUUCCAAAAUGGCGACGUCUGUCAUACGGCCGAGAUAUGAUGACGCAGGAAUCAAUCGACGGUGAGCCGAGUGGUACGGUGUGUCAUCAGUGGAGUGACAACAAAAUAUAUAACAGGUAUAUUACACCCAGGUCUGUGACCAUAGUGAGUGUUUACUAUGGCAUUACUCAGCGAUAUUCUUUUCUUCUGCUACUACUGCUGCUACUGUGUCAUCAUUCUUCUCGACUGGUAUCUCCAUGUCGUCCUGGGACGUCGCUUUACGCCGCUCACAGAAGACAGCCUGCUCCGAGAUCUGUCUCUUAACGACCAGCGUCUGCUGCUGUCCGACAGUCUCACUGGGCGCUGGUGGUACCAGGGGUUCACUCAACUGUUGAAAUGCUACCGUGAAGAUGACACCUGCUCGGUGGAUGGAAGGAUGGGGAUAGAAAUCAGAUGGAAGGAAAUAUUAAAGAACAGACUUGCUAUAUCAAGACGACUUCCGAAUGUGGAUUUGACCAAGUGCCCUAUCAACGAGCCUAUUUUCAUCAUUGGGCCAAUGCGGACGGGGACAACGUUUCUGCAGAGCUUGCUGUACCAGGAUCCGCGGAACACUUCGCCACUCUUCUACGAGUUGAUGCGCCCCGUGGAGGAGAACACAGACGCCGUGAACGCUGGGAAAGAUCCGCGUGUUCUCAUGUUCAGUUUCCUUUUAGAUGUCGCAUUACGAGGUAAACGAAUGUUUAAAUACAUUCACAAUGUCCAGGCCAAGAGUCCUCACGAGUGUUUCCAUUUGUUCGACAAUAUUGGGAUAUUUAAGUUUUACCAAGGGGUGAUCGGUAACACUGGACCAUAUAGAGACUGGGUGCGCGCUCGAACCAAGGAAGAGAUGGUGGAAGCCUAUCGUUUCCAUCGUUUGCAACUUCAGCUUAUUCUUUUAGCAAGAAAUUCAGCAAGCGAUGACCAGCACGUCAUUGUGAAAGAUUCCAUGCACGGGGUGUACCUGGACGCAAUCCUGGCGGUGUAUCCAGACGCAAUGUUCAUCCACACCUACCGCAAUCCCUGCAAAUCGCUCGCAUCCGUUUGCUCGUUGUUUCAACACCACACCACUUGUGUCUUCGACCUCAAAGAUAAAGGAAGAGACGUCGUAGACGACCCCCUGUUUCACGCUGGGAACGAAAUCCUAGAAUUCAGGAAGAACCACCCUGAUCAAGAACACAGAUUCGUCGAUAUUGACUACGAACAUCUAGUUAGAUCGCCCAUGGAUUCAGUGCGACAGAUUUAUGAUAAGUUUGGGCUCGAUCUCAGCGAGCAAGCCGAAGUAAAGAUGAAGGAGUAUAUAAAAGAAAAUCCCCAAAAUAAAUAUGGUCGUCACCAUUACAACUUGGAGCCGUACGGGUUGAAGGAGGAGGAAAUAUUUGAGAAAUUUCGAGAUUAUAUUGAAUAUUUUAACAUUCAGUACUAACUUCAUAACAGAAUAAUAUAAACUACUGAUAUGUCUUAAUUAGAAACAUUGUACUCGAGGUAUUAGAUUUUGCAGCGUUUGGGCCCACUAAAACUUCCUUCCGUUAAACUUCCUGAUCGAUGUCGGCACUUUUACAUUUCUUAUGGGUACUUCUUUCAAUAUACAUUAAUUGACUUUCCAAAGAGACACAUUGUAACCUCAAAAGUACAGGGUGUCACCAUCAUUCGUAAUUUCGAAACUCCUGAAAACUUUUUUCAUGACUAUCAAAUACAACUCGAACCUCGCGCAUGCGGCCUG